AGCCAAGUCCGAACCCAAGGAGAUGCUAGACGCCGUCGACCCCCAUCGGAAAAAGUUCGGGCUCAAGACCUUCGCCGAGCUGCGCGCCCCCGACGGCGGCGAGAAGGAGAACCUCCUCAUCCAGCAGAAGACGGAGACCGUGGACGCGCUCAGCAAGAUCGCUCAGCCGUGCAACGGAGUACCGGAGGUGCUGGCUGCUCUGACGGCCGCCGGAGUAGCGUUCUGCAUCUCCACGACGAGCCCCAAGCCGAGGGUGCCUGCGUCCAUCACGGCCUGCAAGCUCGACGAGUACUUCCCGGCCGACAAGGUGCAUAGCGGGGAGAGCGAUUUCGACCCCCCGCGUUUCAAGCCAAACCCGUCGGUGUACCUCAAGGCCGCUGAAACGGAGGGCAAGGAGCCCGCCAACUGUAUCGCCGUGGAGGACAGCGGCUCCGGCGUUGGUUCCGCAUCGAACGCCGGCGUCGGACUGACGGUGGGAUACGUCGGGGCAUCGCACAUCCCGGACUACAAGAUGGACACGCAUGCCGAGAUGCUCAUGUCGGGGGGGCGUGCCGAGAACGGCAAGGGGGCAGAGAUCGUGAUCUCGGACAUGACGGACCUGCUCAAGGUUAUCGAGUUCUUCGCCGGGGAGAAGAUCGCCGGAAAGUCUGCUCCGUUCGAUUUCCCAAAGGAAUUGAUUUCUUCCCUGAAGCAGCCCGUGUGGGUCCACGGCACCAAGGCCUAACCUUUUCUCGGGUAGAGGAAGCCUGAUGUGU